UCGUGAAAAUGAAGUUGUUUGCCCUGAUAUCCGUCGCUAUAGCAGUUACGUCUGCGAGCGUCAUCAAAGACCCUACCGAGGGUUAUCAGGAUGGGGACAGAUACUUCCUGUUUCCGGGCGACGGGGACAACUUACUCCAUCUGGUCGACACACUCGAGCCCGUCGACGAAGAAUUCAUCCGGGCCUACGAGCGAAACCUGGAUAGCAACGGCUACUGGCUGUUUACACGGGCAAAUCCUCACGUCGCUCAAUUUCUGCUAGAUGGAAACGUGAACAGCGUACUGCAGUCCAACUUUGAUUUGAGAAAGGAUACAGUCUUCCUAGCUCAUGGAUGGAAUGGUCAUGGUGGAAAUGAUAUGAACACUCAACUCACUGAAGCUUUCCUUCAAGUGGCUGACGUGAACGUCAUAGUCGUGGACUGGAACCUCCUCGCCAACCGCAGCUACAUCACGGCCAAGAAUGGCGUCGCCGCAGUUGGCCGCGGACUCGGCCACUUCAUCCGCUGGCUGAGCCAAGGAUUUGGGCUCUCGCUGGAUACAGUGCACUUGGUUGGGUUCAGUCUUGGUGGACAUUUGAUGGGCAACGCGGGCCGAGAGCUGCAGGGCCAAGUUAGAAGGAUCACAGCUCUGGACCCGGCCGGUCCCCUAUGGGGCAGCGACAACAACCGCAUCGUCUCAACCGACGCCCGCUACGUCGAGGUCAUUCAUACCAACACCGCACUGUUCGGCUACUCCGACCCCUGCGGCCACUCCGACCACUACCCGAACGGCGGCUCAAGCAUGCCUGGCUGCUGGUUGAACAGCUGCUCACACUCGAAAUCCUGGGAAUACAUGGCUGCCACGGUCAAGUAUGACCAUCUCUUAGGCAACGAGUGCGAGACCCAGAGAGAUGCUAGGAGGGGCAGAUGUUCUGGCCCUCUUCAGUCAAUGGGCAACGGAGAUGUCAACAAAGAACAGCUCGGCAUCUUCAGAGCAGACACCGCAAGAAAUUACCCGUACUAAAUAAUGUUAAAAA